GAGAAAGCGGAGUGGUCCGGCAUGCGGGGAAGCCUGGCCGCCGUCUCCGCUUCCCCACACAUCAGCUGCCUCCCGCUAUCUUAUCACUUACACCAGCCAGUUAGCUUCAUUUGUUCUCGGCAUCUCCUGCCAUUCCAACCGCUUUUGAACCCAACCCUCAUUCAUUCCUCGAGUCUCGGCCAGCAUUGUGCGACCCCGAAUUCUAACUCAGAGCUCAUCCGAGGAGGAGGAAUCGAGGUCUCACCGGACAACCUCGCAUUGCUUCCUCACUCACCCCUCUCCAACUCAGCAACCCCCUCCUCAUUCAUGCCCACACCCCCAUAGCAAAAGCAAAAAGGAAAAAAAAAGAAAAAGAGCACAUACACACACACACACACCCACCACACCAAAAAAAAAUGUUCCUCCUCGACUACCUGCACCACCGCCGCGACUGCCGCACCAAGCAGACGGAGCGCGGCCGCCUCGCCGCCUCGCUGUCCGCCUACCACGGCCCGCUCACACCCACCGACAAGGCCACGCUCACCCAGCCCAUCGAGACGCUGGUGGCGUCGGUCCACGCGGGCGGGACCGCCACCGCCUUGUCCGUCCUGCGCUCCUACGGCCGCCUCGCGCUCAAGGCCCACGCCCGCACCAACUGCCUGACCGAGAUCCUGCUGCCGGACGCCGAGCGCUGGGUGGCGGGCGGGGUGGAGAGUGACGGGGGCAUCGACCUGGAGGGCCCGCUGGCGGGCGUGCCGGUGAGCUUGAAGGACACGGUCGUGGUGGGCGGGUACGACGCGACGGUGGGCUACUCGGCGCUGGCGGGCCACCGCGCGGCGAGGGAUGGGCCCAUGGUGCGCUUGCUGAAGGAUGCGGGCGCCGUGCCGUAUGUCAAGACGAACUUGCCGAUUACGCUGUUGAGUUUUGAGAGCGCGAAUGACUUGUGGGGCCGCUGUCGCAAUCCGCAUAAUCCGGAUUAUUCGCCUGGUGGAAGUACGGGUGGGGAGUCGGCGCUGCUGGCGAUGGGGGGGCGGAUUGGGAUUGGGAGUGAUGUGGCGGGGAGUGUGCGGGUGCCGGCGCACUUUGCGGGCUGUUAUUCGAUUCGCUGCUCGACGGGGCGGUGGCCGAAGGCGGGUAUUGCCACGAGCAUGCCCGGCCAGGAGGGGGUGCCCAGCGUGUACAGCCCGAUGGCGAGGACGUUGGGGGAUCUGACGUACUUUACGCGGGUGAUCUUGGGGGAGAUGAUGCCGUGGAGGUACGAUUACACGGUCCAUCCGUUGCCGUGGCGCGGGGAGGUCGAGAGGGAGUUUGUGACUGCCGCGCGGAAGUUGAGGGUGGGGGUGUUGAGGACGGAUGGGGUGGUUGAUCCGAGCCCUGCGUGUGCGAGGGCGCUGAGCAUCGCGGAGGAGGCGCUGAGGAGUCAGGGGUGUGAGAUUGUCGAGGUGGAAGACGCCCCAGAUAUGUAUGAGGGGCUGAGGCUCGCCGCGCUGCUACUGAAUGCCGAUGGUUGUCAGAUGUUUGACUCGUUUCGGCGGCCUGGGGAGUGGCUCGACGCCGGGGCGUUGCAGAUGAAGAAGCUGGCUUCGCUGUGGUCGCCAUUCAGGUAUGUGUACUACCUGUGGGUGAAGUACGUGCAGCGGGAUCACAUUUGGGCGGGGCUGGUCAGGCAUUGGCGGCCGCAGUCGGCUUUCGAGAACUGGAAGCUGGUUAGCCAGAGAGAGGCGUACCGGGCGAGGUGGUUUGAGUGGUGGAACGAGCAAGGACUGGACGUGAUUAUUUCGCCUCCGAAUGCCACGCCUGCAGUGCCGCAUGACGGAAUGCGGGACGCCGUGAGCAGCUGCGGGUAUACGUUCUUGUUCAAUUUGCUCGACUACACAGCCGGUGUCCUCCCCAUCACCCACGUGGACGAGGAGCUCGAUAAGCUACCUGAAUCCUUCAGCAUGAAGAAUUUAAAUGGUGUGGCGCGGGGUGCUUACAAACACUACGAUGCCGAGCGCAUGGACGGGUUGCCUGUGGGUGUACAAGUGGUAGGGCGGCGAUUGGAAGAGGAGAAGGUGCUCGCGGUUAUGAAGAGGGUGGAGGACGCUCUUGGUAAUGACAAAUACGAGCUAAUGGACCUGGAUGAGCUCGAUUAAUUAGAAUAUUGGGAGGAGUCUAGAUGGGGAACUAGGUGAGCUGCGGCAAGCAGUGGGAUAUCGGAGAACCACGCAUGGACGGCGAACUAGGAGCGAUGUUUUAGGGCUAAUCAUAGCUUCGUCGGUGCAUUAUUUUGCAAUAAUUGCCAUCAUACCGUUGCCUUCUUAG